AUGCCCGAAAAGGUUAUUAUGGGGAUAGUCAACGACGAUGGUUCUUAUUACUGUAUUCCAGGCACAAAUGAGUCUGGUCCUUUACCGGGAUGCCUUCCAAUGGAUUUCCCUACAUGGGGUUAUACUAUUGGUGCCUUUGCUAUAGGUGGUUUCUUUGGUAGCCUUGCUAGUAAAUACACAAAUGUUUGGUAUGGUCGUCGGGAUAAUAUUAUGAUUUCUUGCCUCUGGAUGAUUCUUGGCGGUGUGCUAUCUGCAUGUUCCGUGAAUCUCGUUAUGUACUCAGUCGGAAGAGCCCUUGUAGGUUUCGCUUCUGGUAUGUGUGGCUCUUCUGUUGCUAUAUAUGUUUCUGAAAUAUCUACAAAUAAGAGCCGUGGUGCAUUAGGGUCUUUGUUUGAACUCUUCUUGAACUUUGGCAUUCUGUUUACCCAAAUCUGCGGAAGGUAUAUGGCCUUUGCUCCGGCAUGGCGUUUUUUGUGGGCAAUUCCUUCAAUAAUUGCUGCUCUCCAAUUGGUCUUCUUGUUCUUCUUCACCGUUGAAUGUCCUCGUCGUCUUUGUGCAAAUAAAAAAUAUAAUGAAGCUUGUGCUACUCUUCAAAAACUCCGUGCUGGCGCUGAUGUCGAAGAAGAGUUUGCUGCUAUGCUUGCGGCCCGUGAACGUGAGGAUGAAUCCUCCCAAGAAGAGAUGUCAAUGUGGGACAUCAUUUCUUGUAAAGACAAAAAAAUUACAUGGAAUACUGUAAUUGUUAUGGUCAUUCAAGCUUUCAACCAAAUUGGCGGUGUGGGACCUAUGUCUGUUUAUUCCGUUGGUUUUUUCACUGACUUGUUUGGCGAUGCGACUUUAGCUGUAAAUAUAUCUCUUGCCGAUGCAACAGUAAAUAUUGUGGCCACGUUAGUUGCUGUUAUUUUUAUGCAUAAAGUUGGUCGUAAAGGCUUCAUGAUGAUUUCCACUGGCGGUACAUGUAUCGCUUCUGUCAUGAUGGUUCUUGGAUCCACACUUACUGGUAGUAACGGCUCACAAGGAAUCGGUGGUCUUGCCAUUGCAGCUGCUAUUUUAUUUACUGGGUCAUAUUCUAUGGGAUGUGGCGUUAUCCCUUGGAUGAUAGCUCCAGAGCUUUUACCAAUGCACGCACUUGCAUCUGGUUCAGCACUUGGCAAUUCUUCUAACUGGCUAUUUAAUUUCGUUAUUAAUACCAUUUGGCCAAAAAUGAAUGCCGGACUUGGAACUUAUAGUUUUGUUGUCUUCAUCGUCAUUAAUUUGUUUGGUUUCCUUUUCGUAACCUUUUGUAUGCCCGAAACCACUGGUAAAGAUCUUGACGAUAGGAGUACCAGAAGUAGAGUUACCGAUUCCGAAGCGUCGGAUCAGGAAAAAUAUAAGCCUGAUCAUCCAACAUUAAGUUAA